AUGAAACAUGUUUACUUGGAUGGCACUCUUCACUGGUUGAGAAACGACGGAAGCAUCAUAGCUUUCAAUCCCGAGACAGAGAGAGCACAACUGAUUCCAUCGGACAUGAAACUCUUUUUCGCGGCAGACGAGAAGAUCAAUCGCCUGACCUUAAUAUCGGGAACGAAAGAAGCAAUCUCGCUUUACAAACUACAUGGAAAUCUCAAGUGGGACAUCGCCAAGCGGAUCAAGAACGUAACUAUGAACGAAAAAGAGCUUGUGUGUUGGCAGGUGGUUGUGUAUGAUGGCAAGCGUCUUGUGGUGAGGGAGAAGAAAAUUGACUUUAUACGAGGUGUGAUUCAUGUUUACGACAUGGGAGCUAAUAGUUGGAGAGUUUUGGGGUCAACUGGUCGGUGGGCCGAAAGCGUCUUAGACUUCUACAAGUUUACACCAUCCUUGUACUUUGUCGAGGGUGAUGAACAUAAGAAUGAGAUUGUAGCUACAAAUGACCUACGCAUCUCCUAUCUUACUAAGGUUAUGAAACUCAUUGAUCAUAACGAAGUAAACAAUCUUCUUCGUACUUAUUUGUUGGGUCGAUAG